UAAUUAAUGCGCGGAAAUAGAACCAAAUGAAGUGAUAUCAUCGAUUUUUGGGUUGAGUCACAAGUGUAGAUUAGUGUGUAUCAGGAGUUGGGUGAAAAUUCAGAUUCCCACGUGGAAAGGCAUGCAAAUAGAUUGCAGGUGGUGAAAAAUCAAUCAUGUUUGCGGGUGUGAGAAAUUUUUUAUCACGCCACAAGCGAAAGUUUAUCGUUGGUGGCGUGAUUGUUGGCGGAAGUGUUCUUGCCCUGCGUUAUGCCCAACGGAAACUGCGUGAGUUCCAGGAGGAGCAGGCGCGAGAAUUUCUGGAGAAGACACGGCGGCUGCAGCACUUUGAAUCCACGGAGAGAACCUGCAAUCAAACAAUUAUGGGCAUAGCGCCGAGUGUCUUUGAGGAAAUCACUAAGAUUCUCAGUACAGAAGACAUUCUGGAGCAAUUGAGGAAGAAGCCGGACAACAAAAAGGAAUUGUGGGAGGAGAUGAAAGUUAUCUCCUUCACGCGUUUAACUACAAUGGUUUAUGCGUCGUCUAUUUUGGUGGUGACGCUACGGAUUCAGUUGAGUCUGGUGGGUGGAUAUUUGUACAGGGAUUCCACCAAGGCCACUUCAUCGGCAAUGUGCGUGACUCCGGAUGUGAGGCAGAUGUAUCUGGCAUUGAUACAGCAUUUCCUGCGCGACGGACUCAAAGAUCUCAGUCGAUUGAUUGAGGGCAAAGUGAGGCACAUCAUGAAGGACUACGAUCUCAAGAGGAAGCUCACAAUUGGAGAUAUUGAGCAGAUUUUCUGGUCCAUUCAGAUGGCAGUUAAUAACGAUGCCCAGAAUCCCAACACUCAACUGGCCAGGUACGUAUUUCCCGAGGAUGUCAAUGGGAAUGAAACCCUUAUCAGGCUAUUCACGGAGACCCUGGACCUUCUCGAGAGUGAGGAGGUUAGCAAUCUGUGUACCAACAAUAUCAGUCGAGGAUUCUCGAUUGUUGUGGACUUCCUGGUGAGGUAUUAUACAGAGCCCAAUGGAAAGAGGAAUGGAGUCCUGUCGGAAGCCCACCAAGCAGUUGAGGAAGUUCCAACCACGUCAAAGGAGCAGCUGAACAAGGUUUUUGAUAUCAAUAGUGUUGAAAGUCCUCUGGCGAAGCUCAUUCCCAUCGUCAAUGGAUUGGCUUCAAAGCACUUCAGUGAGAGUGCCAAGCCACAGAGUUUAGCUACAUCACUGGUGAUACUAUUUCUUGUCUCGGACAAGAUCAAAAUUCUUGGCGCCAAUGUCUACGAAGUUUUCAAUCAGUAGACUUUCUUUCGCUAUCUCCAAGGCGUCUCCACAUUCCAAUACUUAACCCUUUCACCAAAAUGGUAAUUAGAGUAAAAGUGUUUUUUUUUUAUUUUAAAUAUUUUUACUUAAAAAAUUCUACAUUUUCUAUUUGAAGUUUUGUAGAAAGGCUUUGGUUACAGGUAAAAAAAUAUAGAUAAAUAAAUAAAAAAUCGCCAAUCUACUUGUACUAAAAGGGUUAAGUAUUAAUCUUUUCUCUCUUUCUGGUUAUCUGGCAAUAUAUCUGGGUAUGUAUGUUAUGUCACUUCCUUUUUUUCUAUAUUUUUUAUUUAAAAACUGUUCAACACAUUUGUGAAUGAUAAAAAUGUAUUUUAAUAUGAUCAAUAGAAUGAGAAAUUGUGCUGUUUAAAAA